GAUGCGGUCCUCACCUCUGCUCACGCUACUCAGCCUGUUCACCCUCUGCCACUCACAGAGCGUUGCAGGAAAGGUGCUGGAGAAAACAGUUGAAGAGUGGAUGCGAUAUAAAGAAGAUUGCUAUCAAUGGAUGAUAAGCACACCGCGUCCCCUUGGGCUGCACUGCAACCGCACUUUUGACAUGUAUGCCUGCUGGCCAGACGGAACACCCGGGGCUAUCACAAGUGUAUCAUGUCCUUAUUAUCUUCCCUGGUUCCAGAAAGUAAAGAAUGGACUGGUAUCAAGACGGUGUGGUCUAGAUGGCCAUUGGGAGAUGAUCAAUGGAACGCAGCCUUGGAGGAACUCAUCACAAUGCGACGAUGAGAUGGAGGUGACAAGAGAUGAGGAGGUGACAAGGGACUUGUUACUCAGUUUUAGAGCCCUGUACACCGUGGGGUAUUCUGUGUCUUUGCUGGCGCUCCUGUCAUCACUGAUGAUCCUCACAAUGUGUAGGAAGUUACGCUGCACGCGGAAUUACAUCCACGCCAACCUGUUCUUCUCCUUUGCACUACGUGGAAUCUCAGUCAUUGUGAAGGACAUUUUGCAGGAGAAGAGAUGGGGUAUGCAGAUCAUCGAUGUGUCCGACUGGGAGGUCAUGGUCAGCAACAAGGCUGCGGUUGGAUGUCGUACAGCACAAGUGAUAAUGCAGUACUGUAUUCUGGCAAAUCACUAUUGGUUUGUGGUAGAGGCGGUCUACCUAUAUAAACUGCUGAUUGGUGCUGUGUUUUCCGAGAAGAACAAUUACACAUUGUACCUGUACCUUGGAUGGGGAACUCCGGUGCUGUUUGUUGUUCCCUGGAUGACACUGAAAUAUCUCAAGGAGAACAAAGAAUGCUGGGCCCUUAAUGACAACAUGGCAUAUUGGUGGAUAAUUCGCAUCCCCAUUCUGCUGGCUUCUGUGAUCAACCUCCUGAUCUUUAUGAGGAUCUUGAAGAUGAUACUAUCAAAAUUGAGGGCCAAUCAGAAAGGAUACGCUGACUACAAGCUGAGAUUGGCCAAGGCCACGCUGACACUAAUUCCGCUUUUUGGGAUUCACGAAGUUGUGUUCAUCUUCGCCACAGACGAGCAAACAUCAGGGACUCUGCGAUAUGUCAAAGUCUUCUUCAACCUAUUCUUCAGUUCUUUUCAGGGUUUCCUGGUCGCUGUGCUGUACUGCUUUGCCAAUAAAGAGGUCAAGUAUGAAAUACGAAAGAAAUGGCAGAUGUGGAAAAUGAACAGGCCGGCCUUGUGCCUUCGAUGACCUAUCAUAAAAGAUAUUGGACGCUCUAUGUGAGCCUG